CUCUGUACUGGUUCUAGAAUCAGACAUGCUACAUUGGUUCUGGAAUAAGACGCUCUGUUCACUGGUUCUGGAAUCAGAUGCUCUGGGCUGCUGUUCUUGUUGUUUAUUGUGUGUGUUUGUGUUUCAGGGACAUGAAUGGCUUCGUGGUGUGGUGUUUAAAGGGCCAGUUCUCCACUCCAACUCCUCAGGCCAAGCCGCGCAGUGUCAGUCUGGACAUGCGCAGUCUCUCGCUGGAAGGAACCGGUCCCCCGCAGCCUCUCAAGCCCAGCAACCCUCCUGAAGCCCCACCGAAAUUCAGCCGUCGCCGCAGUAAGCUGGACACACACAACCCGAUGGAGGCGGUGUAUGACAGUGGUAACCACAGCAGCAUCCACGGUCUCACAGCGAUGGAUGGAGUUCCUUUCUCUCUACACCCGAAGUUUGAGUCUCAGUCAAACUCAAAGGUGUCUGUGAGCACGCUGAGUGACAUCCGUAUCAAAUCAGUGCAGGACAUUGAGAACGAGUAUAACUACACGUUUGCGGUGGAGGAACUGGCAGCGAAGAGGAUGUGUCCGUCAGUGAGCGGCUGAAAGCAUUCCUCCCGUCUUCUCGUCGGAUCAGAAUCCCAUUCCGUCAGAUUGGCUCUCAGGCUCUGGUCCAUGAAAUCACACACUUAUUUCUGGUUUAGGAUGACCAAAACUCACACUACUGCUUUUGCAGGGCUGGUUCUGGUUGGUCUCAUUCUCUCUUUUCUCCACCGGGUUGGUUGAACGUGAAGGAUUUUCUGCAUCCAAACACAUUAGGUGCGUGUGUUUCUGCGAAACACUAACCGGCGAAUCAAAGGGCUU